AUGAAAACCCAGCUGUUUCUUCUCGUUGCAUUUGUUCCAGCGUUACUUGCACAACUAUUUGGAAUAGCAAAUCCAGGUCAAGGUUUCAGCGGAGGUGGAGGAGGCUGCACUGGCUUUCUGCGAUUCUCAGCACGAGCUGGUAUGAGGCCUUAUGGUGAGGCAAUAGGACAAAUGCCACCUUGUGCCUGUCCCUGUCCGGGCGCCAACGCACCCUGCCCUUGGCCCGGCGUAGCAGCAGCGGGUACUCGAAAUGUAAUACUCAACUCCUGCGUUCCUGCAUGUUGCCCUGGCAAGAAAUAA